AAUAAGUGGACAUGAGAGCCCAUUGUCCCUCCCGCAGAAGCAGGAGACAGGUCUUCCGAGAGACCAAAGGAACAAGUGCAGCUGCAAAUCCAACUCCUAAGAUACUCAAGACUAUGGCUAUCCCUUUUCUUUCCAAGUGUUGUUAGUGGCUUUUCUUUGUUGCCUGGCAAGAAAAUUUGAGAAAAGGAGAGAAACGAGUUCUGGGUAUAUGUUCUUUCUUUGUCUGGUAACAGAAAGCAAUGACCUUUAUUCUUCUGAAUCUAAUUUAGCUGUUUAUUUAUUAUUUUUUCUUGCACUGGAGGGAGGGAAUGGUGAGAAUUCAAUUUUUUUUCAUUGUGAAUUGGGCUCUUUACUAUAUUAGCCGGAAAUUUUUUGUGUUUUUGCUUCAUCUGGUGUUUGGGGAGUUUGUGAUUCUAAGCAUUCAAAACUCGAAAUAGAAGUGGUAUCUAUGUUUAUAGUUUUAGUACAUGAUUGGUAUAACAUAAUUGAAUGCAGCUAAUGUAAUGAAAUGAAUUGUUAGUUCAUUGUUCUGUUGAACCUUCAUUUGUUUUGCAGCAAAAAACUUUCCUGGAAAAUAUUAUCUAAGAAAAUAACUUAUUUUAUAUUGUUUAGCAGCAAUGUUAAAAAAAUAAAUGAUAUUAAUAAAUUUAUGUAUAGAAGUUUUGUGGUAUUAAAAAGAUUCUCAAAGAAGGAAAAUGGCUUCCUUUCUUUGAAAAUAGUAAGUAAUUUUCCUUAAAAAUGACCUAACUUUUAAGAAAAUAUUUUCUGUUGACUAAUGUUUUUGAGUGCCCCAAAUGUUAGGAAAAGCAGAAAAUGUUUUUCUGAAAAUAUUUUCUACGAAAUAAAGGGAGCUUGAAUUUGUAUUUGAUUACAUUCUAUUAGAUUCAAUUACAUCCUAUCAAGCAUGCACUCAGUGCCAAAGUCUAUAAGUUGUAUUAUCUGAUAUGAGGAUUGGAUAGUAAUGAACUGGGGGCAUGGAAUUUGAUUUUCGAUCGUGGAAAAUGAGAGGAUUUAUUUGUCCCACUGAUUGAGUUGGACAUUGUCCUGCUACUAAGUUGUAGCUACCUUCUAGGAAAUCUCCAUUGUCCCUAAGGAGUUAUAGAGCUGCCAUUGGUCAAGUCUGUUUUUGAUAGUCAGAUACUUAAAUAAAGAUGUAAACUUGAGUAGAUAUUACAGUGCUUAAAGAUCAUUGUACUUCCAACCGACUCCUGUUUUUCUAGCAGGGUUGAUGUUUUCUAUGUUCGUUUAUACAAACAAUUAUUUGAAGUGUGGGAUAGUUAGAGUUUCACACUUCCAUGAGAGAGAAUAUAAAUUUUCUACCAGAGCUCCAUGCAAGUAUUCUUUCCAGCCAGCUUUUGUGGGUACCCAUGAUCUGAUUGAUCGCAGGAAACUCCAUUUCCAAGCAAGAGGUUCUAAGUAUCACAAGAUGUCAUCUCAAGUCAUGGAAAAAACAGAAAGCAAUGUGGCUGUCGAAGAUUCUUUGCGGGACCUUCCUCUUUCAAAUUCUUAUGAAACUGCUAUGGAAGCACUCUCCUCCCUUAUUACACGUCAGAAACGUGGAACCCCCUCAUCUGUUGGUGGAAAAUAUGGAAAAUUUGACAGGAUGCAGAUGUAUCUUAAGAUACUCAACUUGGAAGAGCAUAUACCUGAGCUCAAGAUUAUCCAUGUUGCUGGAACAAAAGGGAAGGGUUCAACGUGUGCAUUCUGUGAAGCUAUUUUACGGGAAUGUGGCUUUCGAACAGGACUCUUUACUUCCCCUCACCUAAUUGAUGUGAGAGAAAGAUUCCGUAUAGAUGGAUUUGACAUAUCUGAAGAUAAAUUUUUAUUGCACUUUUGGGACUGUUGGAAUCAGUUGAAGGAACAUGUAAGUGAUGACCUGCCGAUGCCCCCACUAUUUCAGUUCCUCACAGUCUUAGCAUUCAAAAUAUUUGUCUGUGAAAAGGUAGAUGUUGCCAUAAUUGAAGUUGGUCUUGGAGGAAAAAGGGAUUCAACAAAUGUGAUUAAAGAGCCUGUUGUCUGUGGCAUUACACCAUUGGGGAUGGAUCAUACAGAAGUUUUGGGUAAUACACUUGGAUGUAUUGCUUCACACAAGGCAGGAAUUUUCAAGCCCCAAGUUCCUGCAUUUACGGUACACCAACUUUCUGAAGCAAUGGAUGUUCUUCAUGAGAAGGCCCAUGAAUUAGCGGUACCCUUAAAAGUAGUGGAACCUCUUGACCAUAAAAAGUUGGAGGGAUCAAAGCUUAGCUUGUCUGGUGAUCAUCAAUUCACUAAUGCCGCUCUUGCUGUUUCCCUAUGUAAAUGUUGGCUUCAAAGAACUGGAAACUGGGAAAAGAUAUUCCAAAAUCAGGAUAACCCGGAAUCUAAUAUGCCAGAGGCAUUCCUUAGAGGUCUUACAACAGCGCAUCUUUAUGGUAGGGCUCAAGUUGUCCAUGAUUCUUCUUCAAAUUGCCACUUUGGCUCAGCACCAGCGGACAAUUCUUCUGGAGAUCUGAUUUUCUACUUGGAUGGAGCUCACAGUCCAGAAAGCAUGGAGGUUUGUGCCAAAUGGUUCUCUAGUGCUGUUCAAGAAAGCAAGCAAUUACCAAACCUAUCAUCAUCUUCUCAUGAUGUUGAAAGUAUGAAGGAAGUUUGGGGCAACGGUUAUAUCCAAAGUGAAAGAGGCAACACUAAUGAGUCUAACAAAAUAUCAAAGAAGAUUCUUUUAUUCAAUUGCAUGGAGGUUAGAGAUCCUCAAAUUUUGCUUCCACAGCUAGUGAGUACCUGUGCUUCCUCAGGUACCUACUUUUCAAAGGCCAUAUUUGUCCCGAGCAUUUCAACAUACAACAAGGUUACUUCUGGCACCUCAGCCAUUCCUUCAGGAAUCUCUAACCAGGAUUUGUCGUGGCAAUUCAGCCUGCAGAGGCUUUGGGAGAAGAUAAUCCAUGGCAUAGAAGGAGAUGUUGUACUUGACGAAAGCUCCAAGUUGGACAGUGCAGAGACCUUACCACCGCGUGAAUUCCUUUACGAGGAUGCUUCUCGUUGCAGUCCUGCAGAUGGAAAUUUGGCUUGCAGUUCUGUCAUUUCUUCACUCCCUCUGACAAUAAAAUGGUUGAGGGAUUGUGUUAGAGAAAAUCCUACGCUAAGAAUUCGAGUGCUUGUCACUGGAUCAUUGCAUCUUGUUGGUGAUGUUCUAAAGCUAUUAAAGAGAUGAAUCAGAUGAUAUUAACUAAAAAGCUUUCCAAAUUGUUCUUGCAUUCUUUAACACAUUGAUUUUAGCCCUCAUUUUCCAAGUAGCCAAGGUAUAUCAUGUAACUUGAUGCUUGGCUAAAAU